AUGGCGGGGGCUGCAGCGGCCCUGCUGCUGGCCCUGAGCGGGCACUUGGUGAGCUUGGUGCCGGCCGCCAGCAGGCGCGUGGGAGCUGGGGCCAGUCGUAGGGAGCGCCCUGGACUUGCUGACCUCCACAGUUCCCGGCAGCAGGUGCCUGCCCACUCCUCAGCCCGGACUAGGGCCCCACAGGAGCAGUGGCGCUCCCUGCAGGAAACCCUGAGCAGGCUGGAGGGUGAGGUGGUGCAGCUCAGAGAGCAGAACAAGGGCCUGCAGGCGAGGGUGAGGCAGCUGGAGGCCUGUGAAUGCCGCCCUCAGGCUUCUCCCCAGUGCUGGGCGUUGGGGCGCAGCUGGCCUGAGGAUGCUCGCUGGGAGCCUGACCCCUGCACAGCCUGUGUCUGCCAGGAUGGCGCCGCACGCUGUGACCCCCAGCUCCACCUGCCCCAGUGCCGUGGCUGCAGCCAUGGCGGUCGGGCCUACGGCGACGGGGAGACCUUCUCCCCAGAUGCCUGUACGACCUGCUGCUGCCUGGCGGGGACCGUGCACUGCCAGCAGACCUCCUGCCCGGAGCUCAACUGCCUGGAGAGCUACACUCCACCUGGCGAGUGCUGUCCUGUCUGCCGGCCAGGCUGUGAGUAUGAGGGCCAGCUUUACGAGGAAGGGGCCAAAUUCCAGUCCAGCUCCAACCCUUGUCUCCGGUGCUCCUGCCUGGGGAGUCUGGUUCGCUGUGUGCCCAUGACGUGCCUGCCCAGCCCCUGCCCUGAGCCAGUCGUGAGGCCUGGGCACUGCUGUCCAAGCUGCCAAGCCCCCACCCCAGGUUGCACAGAGGACGGCAAGUUCCGGGAACAUGGCCAGGAGUGGACGGUGCCCGGGGACCCCUGCCGUAUCUGCCGCUGCCUGGAGGGCCACAUCCAGUGCCACCAGCAAGAAUGUGCCAGCCUGUGCCCCUACCCUGCACGGCCUGUCCCAGGCACCUGCUGCCCCGUGUGUGACGGCUGCUUCUUGAAUGGGCGUGAACACCGCAGCGGGGAGCCGGUGGGCUCUGGGGACCCCUGCAUGCAGUGUCACUGUGUUAAUGGAAGCGUCCAGUGUGAGCCCCUGCCUUGUCCGCCAGUGCCCUGUAUGCACCCAGGCAGGACGCCCAAGCAGUGCUGCCCGGCCUGUGACGACUGCGAGUACCAGGGACACCAGUACCGGAGCCAGGAGACCUUCACAGUCCGGGAGAAUGACCGCUGCUUCCGCUGCACCUGCCAGGCUGGCGAAGUGUCCUGUGAGGAGAAGUGCCCAGUGGCUUCCUGUGCCCUGCCUGCUUCCGGCCCCCAGCUCUGUCCAGCUACAGUCUGCGUGCUCCAUGGAGAGGAAUUUGCCGACGGGGUCCAGUGGGAGCCCGACGGCCAACCAUGCACUGCCUGCUCCUGCCAAGAUGGGGUGCCCGUGUGUGGGGCUGUGCCCUGCCCUCAGGCCUUCUGCCAGCAUCCCACCCAACUCCCUGGCACCUGCUGCCCUAGAUGCAAUGGCUGCACCUACCACGGUGUCGUGUAUGCCAACGGGCAGAACUUCACCGAUGCAGACAGCCCCUGCCACACCUGCCGCUGCGAGGAGGGGACUGUCAGGUGCUCCUUGGUCACCUGCCCUCCCAUGACCUGUGCCAGGCCCCAGCAUGGACCCGGCCAGUGCUGCCCCAGAUGCCCAGACUGCAUCUUGGAGCAACAGGUGUUUGUGGAUGGUGAGGCCUUCUCUCACCCUGGAGACCCUUGCCAGGAAUGCAGGUGCCAGGAGGGCCAUGUGCACUGCAGGCCUCGCGCCUGCCCCAGAGCCCUGUGCCCGCACCCUCUACCUGGUAGCUGCUGCCGGACGGACUGCAGUGGCUGUGCCUUCGGAGGCAAGGAGUACCCCGAUGGGGCGGACUUCCCCCACCCCUCGGACCCCUGCCGCCUUUGCCGCUGCCGGAGUGGCACCGUGCAGUGCCUGGCCCGCCACUGCCCUCCACUGGCCUGCCAGGAGCCCGUCCUGGUCCCCGGAGAGUGCUGCCCACAGUGCCCAGCUGCGCCCACCGUCUGCCCGCAGUCAGGGGACCACCCUUGCCACCAGUGUGUCUGCCGCGACAGAGCCGUGUCCUGCCGUCCGCUGCCCUGUCCGCCCGCGCCCUGCGCGCACCCCAGGCCGGGCCGCUGUUGCCCCUCCUGUGAUGGCUGCCUGUUCCAAGGGAAGCAGCUUGCCAGCGGAGAGCGCUUCCCCUCACCCACUGACGCCUGCCAGGUCUGCUUGUGUUGGGAAGGCAGCGUGAGCUGCGAACCCAAGGCCUGUGCUGCUGCCCAGUGCCCCUUUCCUGUCCGCGACGGCUGCUGCCCAGCCUGUGAUGGCUGUGAGUAUCUGGGAGAGUCCUACCUGAGCCACCAGGAGUUCCCGGACCCCCGAGAGCCCUGCGACCUGUGUACCUGCCUUGGGGGCUUUGUGACCUGCAGCCGUCGGCCCUGCGAGCCCCUGGCCUGCAGCCACCCGCUCACCCCACCUGGGCACUGCUGCCCCACCUGUCAGGGCUGCCACUAUCAUGGUGUCACUGUUGCCCUGGGAGAGACCUUACCCAACCCGCUUGACCCCACCUGCUCCUUCUGCACUUGCCAGGAAGGUUCAAUGCACUGCCAGAAGCAGCCGUGUCCCCCAGCUCUCUGCCCCCACCCUGUUCCAGGACCCUGUUCCUGCCCAGUUUGCCACAGCUGCCUCUCGCAGGGCCGAGAGUACCAGGAUGGAGAGGAAUUUGAGGGGCCGGCAGGCAGCUGUGAACAAUGCCACUGUCAGGCUGGCCAGGUCACCUGCAGGCGGCGGCAGUGCCCAUCCCUGCCCUGCCAGCAGCACGUCACGGAGCUGGGGAGCUGCUGCCCUCGCUGUAGAGGCUGCUUGGUGGAGGGCGAGGAGCACCCCGAAGGCAGCAGCUGGGUGCCCCCCGACAGCCCCUGCUCCUCCUGCACCUGUCAUGAAGGCGUCGCGACCUGCAGCCGAGUGCAGUGUGUUGUCAGCGCCUGUCCCCAGCAGGACCAGGAGGACUGCUGUCCUCGCUGCCUUGACUGUGAGCACCAGGGCCGGAAGUAUGAGCCUGGACAGAGCUUCCAGCCUGGGGCGGACCCCUGUGAAGUGUGUACCUGUGAGCCACAGCCCGAGGGGCCCUCCAGCCUCCGCUGCCACAGGCAACAGUGUCCCAGCCUGGUAGGCUGCCCCCCCAGCCAGCUGCUGCCCCCUGGGCCCCAGGACUGCUGCCCAACCUGUGCCCAGGCACUGAGUAACUGCACAGAAAGCCUGCAGGGCUCCGAGGUGGCCCCACCAGACCCCUGCUACACCUGCCGCUGCCAGGACCUGACAUGGCUCUGUGUCCGCCGGGCCUGUCCUGAGCUCAGCUGUCCCCUGCUGCAGCGCCACACCCCCCCGGGGGACUGCUGUCCUGUGUGCCGGGAAUGUGUGGUGGAGGCCGGGGGCCGGAGAGUGGCUGAUGGAGAGAGCUGGCGGGACCCCAGCAACGCCUGUGUCACCUGCACCUGUCGGCGAGGCCACGUGGACUGUCGCCCAGAGACGUGCCAGACAGUCUCCUGUCCCGACGGCUGGGCCCGGGUGCUGGAGGCCGGCAGCUGCUGUGAGCAAUGCCAAGUGCCGGCUGUGGGCUGUGUGCACCAGGGCCUCCCGGUGGCCUCCGGGCAGCGCUGGAGUGUCGAUGCCUGCACCAGCUGCUCCUGCGAGUCAGGUGCCGUGCGCUGCCAGAGCCAGCGCUGCCAGGCACUGUCGUGUGGCCCCGACGAGGCCCCAGCCCUGAGUCCCGGCAGCUGCUGUCCCCGUUGCCUGCCCCGGCCUGCUUCCUGCAUGGCUUUUGGUGACCCGCACUACCGCACCUUCGACGGCCGUCUGCUGCACUUCCAGGGAGGCUGCAGCUACGUGCUGGCCAAGGACUGCGGUGGAGGCGACUUCAGCGUGCACGUGACCAAUGACGCCCGGGGCCGGAGCGGCGUGGCUUGGACGCAGGAGGUGGAAGUGCUGCUGGGGCACACUGCGCCCUCCGUGAGGCUGCUGCAGGGUGGAGUGGUCAAGGUAGACGGGCGAGUCGUGGCCUUGCCCUUCCUGCAGGAGCCAAUGCUAUACGUGGAGCUGCGGGGUCGCACCGUGAUCUUGCACGCCCAGCCUGGACUCAAGGUGCUGUGGGAUGGGAAGUCCCAGGUGGAGGUGAGCGUGCCCGGCUCCUACCGGGGCAGGACGUGUGGGCUGUGUGGGAACUUCAAUGGCUUUGCUCAGGAUGACCUACAGGGUCCUGGGGAACUGCCUCUCCCCACGGAGGCUGCCUUUGGAAACAGCUGGAAGGUCCCCGAUGGGCCCAGGCCUGUCCAGCCCUGUUCCGCAGGCCAGGAAGUGGAUCCGUGCUGGGCGGCAGGUUACUGGGCCAGGCGUGAGGCCAACGCCCGGUGUAGGGUGCUGAAGGCGCCCCCAUUCAGCCGCUGCCACGCUGUGGUGGCCCCAGACCCCUUCUUUGCCGCUUGCGUGUACGACCUAUGUGCCUGUGGUCCUGGUUCUUCAGGCGACGCCUGUCUCUGUGACGCCCUGGAAGCUUAUGCCAGCCAAUGCCGCCAGGCUGGGGUAACGCCGCCUGCCUGGCGGGGCCCGGCGCUUUGCGCGGUGGGCUGUGCCCUGGAUCGGGGCUUCGUGUUUGAUGAAUGUGGCCCGCCCUGUCCCCGCACCUGCUUCAACCAGCAUGUCCCCCUGGGGGAGCUGGCCGCACACUGCGUGAGGCCCUGCGUCCCUGGCUGCCAGUGCCCUGCAGGGCUAGUGGAGCAUGAGGCGCACUGCAUCCCACCUGAGGCCUGCCCCCCGGUGCUGCUCUUCGGGGCCGCUCCCUCCUCAGCAGGAGCCUGAGCCGGGGCCCCUCUGAGUGAGUGGGCAUGCCGGAGCCUGGCACAGGUCCUGCUGGGCUGAGUGUGAAGCAGUGAAGCCUGGGCCUGCCCGGUGCCAGGCGCCCGCCGGGCUGCUCGGAUGUGAGGCUGAGGGGUGCUGUCCCUCAGUCACAGGCUCACGCCUGGGCUGCUUCCCCUGGCCUCUCCCUGGUGCUGUAUGGGAAACCCACCACAGGCAGGAGGCAGGCCACCCGAGGCCCUGCCUGGUGCUCAGCCUGUGCAUUGGGCACACCCCACAUCCUCCAGGCCUCGGGACCUUCUGUGGAUCCAUGGAGGGACUCGGGAGGGCCCAGUCCACCCUUGACUUCCCGGUUCCUCUUGGUACAGUGGUACCCAAUGCUCAGGCUCCUCCUGGAUCAUUCUAAGAGCAAGGGACAUGGCUACCUCAAGGCCUGGCUGGAGAGAGAAAAUAAACAAUGAUGAAAAAAAGGUGUGCCCACGUGCACA